AUGGGUUCCAUUUCAGGUUUGCGACCAGACCAAAUGCAACUCAUCAAAGCGACAGUCCCUGUCCUGGUGGAGCAUGGCAAGACCAUCACCACUGUUUUUUACAAGAACAUGUUGGAUGCACACCCCGGGCUGAAAAACGUUUUCAACAUGCCCAACCAGACCAAUGGUCAUCAACCUCGUGCUCUAGCGGGUGCCCUAUUUGCCUAUGCCUCGAACAUCGACAACUUGGCCGCAUUGGGCCCUGCCGUGGAGCUCAUUUGCAACAAACACGCCUCCCUCUACAUCAAGCCCGAGGACUACCAGAUUGUCGGAAAAUACCUGAUCGAGGCCAUGGGCGAGGUUCUUGGAGACGCACUCACUCCCGAGAUUAAGGAUGCCUGGGCCGCUGCUUACUGGCAGCUGGCAGAUAUCAUGAUCGGCCGCGAGAAGCAGAUCUACGAGCAAAACGAAGAAUGGACGGACUGGCGCGAUUUCGAGAUUGUCGACAAGGUCAAGGAAUCGGACGAAAUAACUUCCUUCUAUCUGUCCCCCGUGGACGGCAAGCCAUUGCCUGCGUUUCAGCCAGGCCAGUACAUUUCGGUCCAGGUUCAUAUCAAUGAGCUGCAACAUAAUCAGCCUCGCCAGUACUCACUCAGUGACAAACCAUCCCCUAAAUACUAUCGCAUCAGUGUGAAGAAGGAAAAUGGGUUGAACUCGAGUGAACCUGGUGCUGCAACUCACCCCGGCUACGUUUCCAACCUGCUUCACGAGACCAAAAACAAGGGCGAUUUAGUCAAAGUCUCCCAUCCCUGUGGCGAUUUCUUCUACUCCUCAAACGAAGAAAGUCAGCCUGUCGUCUUGAUUUCUGCUGGUGUCGGUCUUACCCCGAUGACCUCAAUUCUGAACACAUUGAUUGCCAAGUCAUCAGCCGCCGAUCGCAAACUCCACUUCAUUCACGGUGCCCGGAAUUCUAAGGUGCGUGCCUUCCAGGGUCACGUAUCCUCAGUUGUGAAAGACCAUUCAAAUAUUCAGGCUACUUUCUUCACCAGCCACCCCUCCCCCGACGACAGGCAAGGAGUGGAUUAUCAUCAUGCUGGCCGAGUGGAUCUGAGCAGGCUCGAUGCAAGUGAUGAGUUAUUCCUGGACAACUCCCGAACACAGUAUUAUGUUUGCGGGCCCGAGGAAUUCAUGAACGAUACGAAGUCCAGUCUUGAGGCUUUAGGUGUGAAAUCUGGAAACAUCAAGAUGGAGCUCUUCGGAACUGGAGGCUUGUGA